AUGAAUCCCUCGACGGACGACGGGCCCGAUGGCUCCUCCAUCAAGCCCGUGUCCUCCCUUCUCGCCCGGUUCGAGAACAUGAACCAGUCAACGGCCGGACAACAACCCCCCUCGCAGCCAUCCGCCCCGUCAACCGCCCCGUCACGAUCGAUAUCGCCGGCUCCGAAGCCGGAUCGGUUACGAAGCUUCAAGCCUCUGCACGAAGGUGCUCCUGUGCCUCCAAAGACUCCCAUCAAAGCAGUCCCGAAGCCCGCAGACCUGCAAGUGGCCGAGAGAUCAGGGGCGCCGUCUGAGCAUGAGGGUCCUCCGAUUCCCUCGACCAGGCCCGCACCCACAGCAAAACCGCGCGGUCUCAGCGCCCAGCCGCCGGCGUUGAUGGUGCAGCCUCCUCAAUCACCACCCAAGGGGCGGGUGUCUGCCUUGACGUCCGGCGAGCACUCGCCCUUUCUCGAUCCCCAUUCGGCGGCAGCCCCUGACAUGCCGGGGGGACUCCCGAAGCCGAUCAAGAUCCCGAGCCGGCCCCUCACCCCUCUCCAACCGCCUGUGGCUCCCAAAUCCCCGCGGCUCUCCUCAUCGCAACCCCCCUCGCCGCCUCCACCGCGCCGCUCUGGGGAAGUCCGCAGGGACAAGGAGGGGAAACACGCGCCGCCCCCACCAGCGCCACGCUUGGACAGGCCUGCGAGCACUCGUCCCAUGGCGGCGAGCUUGCCGCAGUCUGUUGGCGGUCAAUUGAUCAGGAAGCCGGACUUGUCUAAGGAAGCAUCGCCGUUUAACAGCCCACCGGGGAGCCCUGGGGAAGAGUCAGACGGGACGCCACCAGAACUGCCUACCCGACCAAGGCCGCAAGUCCAGAAAGAUGCUUCUAGUAAGCCUAAACUGGAUCUUGGGGGCUUUGAACCACCCCCGCUUCACCAUUCGAUCGCCGGGAAGCGGGUGGGCCGUGAGCCGAGCGUUAACGGCUCCGGUAAAGGCCAGCUCACGCCGCAGCAGACGGGAGAAGGCCGAAUAUCUCAACCGCCAAAGCCGGCACCCAUGGGCCCUCCGCAGCGAAUACCUACCGGUAGCCUUGCGAUGCCGCCGCCGCGACCUCCGCGACCCGUCCCGCAGAGCAGCACGCCCAAGGCCGUGCCCAUCUCCGCCUCAGCGCCGACAAGCCGCCCCGCCUCCCAAAUCUCCGUCCGCCAGUUUCCAGCGCCGCCGACGCAGCAACUCGUCAUCGCGAAGACUAGAGACAGGACGCCGGAAAGAGGGCCAGCCGAACGAGAAACAAAGCCCCUACCAGCCGUCGCACCGGCCAAGGUGUCCCUGACGUCCUCGGUUCCUGGGGCUACCGCUGUGGCAUUCAAGCCUGGUACGGAUGCCAACACGGAAGGCACACUGCUGUGGGUUGGAACCAGCUUGGGUGAAAUCAUGGAGGUUGAAGUCGCAACUCAGCGCAUUCUGCAAAGCAAAGGAGGCGUCCACGCACGAUGCGAUGUCACUCACAUAUAUCGGCACCUCAAUGAGCUGUGGACCGUGGAUGAGAGCGGUACCAUACACAUUUGGGGCCCUGAUAUCGAUGGGACACCGAAUUUGAGCGGCCACCCUCAUCAAAGCAACAAACUGCCGAGAGGACAUACCUUCUCCAUGGUGGUUGGCGACGAAUUGUGGCACGCUACUGGGAAGGCCGUGCGGGUCUUCUCUCCCUCGUUGGACGGGAGCAAGCCGUUCCAGGUUCUGGUGCGGCCACUGACUGCCGACGGUGCGGGCGACAUAAGCGCAGGCACGCAGGUGAAGACGCACCCAGACCAAGUAUUUUUCGGUCACGUCGACGGCAAAGUCAGUAUUUUCUCGACCAAGGACUAUUCGUGUCUGUCUGUUCUCAGCGUCAGCUCGUGGAAGAUCAACGCGCUCGCCGGUGUGGGCGAGUACAUGUGGGCGGCGUACAACACAGGCAAGAUGUGCGUAUACGACAUGGGCCAGCAGCCGUGGGUGGUCAGAAAGGAGUGGCAAGCACACGACCAGCCCAUCGUCAAGAUGAAGGCGGAUCCAGCGAGCUCCUAUCGAUUGGACCGGCUGCAGGUCAUAUCACUCGGGGCGGACAACAAGGUUCGGGUGUGGGACGGGCUCCUGCAAGACGACUGGCUGGAGGAAGACAUGAAGUCGAAAGACACAAAGUACUGCGAUUUCGACGAGAUCCACGCCCACAUCAUGACCUGGAACGCCGGGGCUUCGACACCCCACAGUCUCCGGUAUUCGGACGGCGAUGCCGGCUUCUUUCAGGAGCUGGUUCAGUCGAGCGGCUCUCCGGACAUUUUCGUCUUUGGCUUUCAGGAACUUGUCGACCUAGAGGACAAGACUGCUACUGCCAAGCGCUUCCUCAAGUCUUCCAAGAAGAAGGAGGGGACCGAUCAGGAGCGGAUGAGCCACCAGUACCGCGAUUGGCGUGAUUUUCUGAUGAAGACGCUCGACGACUACAUGCCGGCCGAUGAUUUAUAUCACUUGCUGCAGACGGCACCCAUGGUGGGACUGUUUACUUGCGUGUUCGUCAAGUCGUCGCUUCGAGAGAGGAUACGCAACCUCAGCGCCUCAGAGGUGAAGCGCGGCAUGGGCGGCCUCCACGGGAACAAGGGGGCUGUGUGCAUCCGGUUUCAGGUCGACGAUAGCUCGCUCUGCUUCGUCAACUGCCAUCUGGCAGCCGGGCAAACGCAGUCGAACUCUCGCCACACCGAUGUGGCGGCGAUUCUGGACACGGUCAUGUUCCCCGAGGAGCGAGAUUCGGCGGCGUGCAUCGACAGCUUCACGUGUGGUGGGGAUGGCAGCAUGAUCCUGGACCACGAGCUGUGCAUCCUGAACGGAGAUCUCAACUAUCGGAUCGACACCAUGUCGCGCGACACGGUGGUCAAGGCGGUCAAGCAGCAGAACCUGAGCAAGCUCCUCGAGCGCGAUCAGCUUCUGGUCGCGCGCCGACGCAACCCAGCAUUCCGCCUGCGGGCCUUUGACGAGCUACCCAUAACGUUUGCGCCAACAUACAAGUACGACGUCGGCACGGACAAUUACGACACCAGCGAGAAGAAGAGGAGCCCGGCGUGGUGCGACCGAUUGCUGUACAGGGGCCGGGGCAGAAUCCAACAGCAGGAUUACAGGAGGCAUGAGGUGCGUGUGAGCGACCAUCGGCCGGUAACGGGCAGCUUUCGGCUGUGGGUCAAGAAGGUCAAUCCGCGAGACAGAGCUGUCGCGUGGAUGGAGAGCCAGCAGGGCUUCGAGGACCUGCAGCAGCAGGCACUGGCCGACGAGAAGGUGCUCUACUUGGUCAACACAUGCGGAUAUGAGGAGGCGGCGAGCAGAAAGUACGUCAAGGAAAAAGCAGCCAGGAAGGCUCACCGGAGCCCAAGUAGGAACGCGAGUGGUCACUGA